AUAUGUACUUUGGGCUAACUGCGAAGGAAACCCGUGGUUUAGCCUUUGAUUUAGCCAAAAAAUUGAAUCUGAAGGUACCGGCAUCGUGGGAAGCCGCUCGCAUGGCCGGUGAAGAUUGGCUAAGCAGCUUUCUCAAACGACAUCCAAUGUUAUCCAUACGCAAACCAGAAGCGACAAGUUUAGCACGUGCCACCAGUUUCAAUCGAACAAAUGUAGAAAGGUUCUUUGCGCUGCUAAAAUCUGUGAUGGAUAAACAUCAUUUCCAGCCUCACUGCAUAUGGAAUAUGGAUGAGACGGGAAUUACAACCGUUCAGACACCGAAUAGAGUCAUCGGACGUCGAGGAAUGAAACAAGUCGGGCGAGUGACUUCUGCGGAAAGAGGAACCUUCGUAACUUUGGCGAUGGCGGUGUCAGCAACCGGACAUUCUUUACCUCCAUUUUUUAUUUUUCCUCGUAAAAAUUUCAAGGAACAUUUCCUUAACGGCGGACCAUCAGGCUGCACAGGUGUAGCGAAUUCAAGUGGUUGGAUGAAUGCGGACCAUUUUGUCCAGUUUCUACAGUUCUUCCAGUCCCAUGUGCGUGCUUCCGUCGACGCCCCAGCUUUACUGAUACUCGACAAUCACGAAUCACAUUUGUCCAUCGCUGGUCUCGAAUUUUGUAAAGCGAAUGGAAUCAUUCUCCUAUCAUUACCGCCGCAUUGCUCGCACAAAAUGCAACCGCUGGAUCGCACCGUCUUUGGCCCGUUAAAGAAAAGUGUACACACACAGUGUGAUAGCUGGAUGUCGUCGCAUUCUGGUAGAUCAAUGACGAUAUACGAUAUCCCCGGAAUCGUGGCUAAAUCACUGCCACUUGCCGUAACGUAUCAAAAUAUUGUGUCCGGGUUUGAAUGCACUGGAAUUUCUCCACUCAACCCGGACAUUUUCCAGGAAUACGAAUUUUUGCCGAGCAGUGUUACGGAUAGGGAGAUGCCUUCUACUUCCGCUCAUCUCGAAGAAGUCAACCUCAACGCAGCCGACCCGGACACAGCCGACUCGGACACAACCAAUUUGGAGACAAUCGAACCCGACACAGCCGAUCAGAACGAAUUCGAUCCCUCGGCUUCUUCCAUGUCUCGUCCUGGUGAUACACAGAACUUGAGCGCGACGCUUCAAAGUAUUCGAGCAUUUCCUAAAGCCGCUCCGAGGCAACAGACACGUAAAGGACGAAAACGAAGAAAGAGCGCCGUUCUUACUGACUCGCCUGAAAUGGCGGAAUUGGCGGCUGAGCAGGCGGAGUCCAUGCGGAAAAAAAAAGGAAAACCUGCUACGAGAAAAACGUCAAAAUCUACACCUGCCACUGCGCCGAGAAAGAGAGGCCGGCCCAAAAAAAAUGCCACACAAACAGAACCGCAGCCUUCGACGAGCAGUAAAUCGAAAUCAAGGAAGCAGCAGCGGUCGGAUUCUGACGAAAACUUGGAUAAUACGUGCUGCUCCGUGGGCCCGAUGGUCGCAGGUAACCGACAGAUCUGUGUUAUUGAUCGUUUCAAUUCGGAAUUGGCGGUGCAUAAUGUAACGACGUGA